UAUAAAAAAUGGAAGAUAUUUAGUUAACAACCAUUGAGAGUGAAAAUGGAAGAAAGUUAGUAUGAGUAUGAGUUUAUGUAGGCUAAAUACUCGAUGAGAUCAAUGGCCUUACCAAAAAUUUCAAUAGCAAAAUAACUGCCGUAUUUAGGUGGAUUAGAGGAUUUGAGUAUGCCAAAACGUUAUAACAGACAAUAUUAUAAGAUCCAAUAACCAACGAAAGAAAGAGAUCUAAUUAAUGAUGUUUUAAUGAAUUCAAUAUAUUGGUUAGAAGGAAGUGUUUGGAAGUCUGACGUAUAAUAAUGAAGAACCUUAUGAAGAUCGUAAACCAAAAGAUUUGAUUGGUGAAGAAGCAUACAAAUCGUAUUACCAUACAUUUAAAAAUAUUAAGAGAAUUUUAGAAUAGAACUAAUUUGAGAAUAUUUAAAGUAUUUAUAUAUACAUGUAUAUUUAUAGAUUCUGUAUAAACUAAUCUAAUAUCAAGAUCUGAAAGACUAAAGAUUUUACCAUGUAAAAUGGGUUUGAUUAAAUUAAAGGGUGAUCGUAAUUCACUCUCUAUUUAAAACUAAAAAUUUGGAGAUAAAUAUGUUGAGGUGUUAUCAGAAGGUUUAAGAAUACUUCCAGUUAUUCAGGAUUUCAAUUUUAAUCAUAAUCGAAUUAAAGAAUAUGGAGCAUCAUAAUUAAUGCCAUUAAUAAGUAAAUAAGCAAGAAGAAUUGAAUUUUAAACUAAUUUAAUUGGAGAAAAAGGAUUAGAUUCACUUUUAAAAACAUUACCAUUAUAAUAAUGCAAGUAUAUUGUAUAAAUAAUGACUAGAAUUUAGAUUUUAAAUUUAGAAGAUAAUAAUUUAGGAGAUUAAUUAAUUAUUCAAUUAUGUAAAGCAAUGUGUAAGAAUCUUUCAGUUGAAACUUUGAAUAUCUCUAAAAAUAAAAUAGGUAAUAAUGUACAUUAAAGUUUGAAAUAAAUGAUUGAAUAAAAUGAUACAUUAUUAGAAUUAUAUCUUCAUUGGAAUUCGAUAAAAGGUUCUGGUGGAGUUGAAAUAUUCAAAGCUUUAUAAACAAAUAAGAAUAUAAAAGUUUUAGAUUUUUCAUACAAUUUAUUAGGAUGUGGUAAUGUAAUAGGAGCAGCUUUAAAAGAUUUCAUAAUUGAGAAUAAAGCAAUUUAACAUUUGGAUUUAUCAGCAAAUAGUUUCACAUAAUCAGAUUGUACAAUAAUAUCUGAAGCAUUAAAAUAGAAUCAUUCUAUUUAUGGAUUUCAUUUUAGAGGAAACUUCGGAUAUGUUGAUACAAAAGGAUUUUUAAUAAUUGAUUCUAAUAUGAAAAACUUUAAUUCAAUUCAUAUAGAAUAAAGAAUUAAAGGAGUAAUGCCACAUCCAAAACCAUAUGAUAAUGUAUCUAGAUUUGAGAAAGUCUAAGAUGUAUGUUGGAUAUGCGAUUGUUGGUAAAUGGCUACAUUUGAAUGGAUACCAAGUAUAUAUAUAAGAAUUUAUAUUUAUUAAUAGAUUAAAGUGGUGCAUGUUCUGAUGAACCAAUAUUUAUACACUUUGAUUAUGAAGGUUAUGAACCUAUAUUUUUAGGAAAGCCUGAUGAAAAAGGAUAUUUUAGAACUCAUAGAAUGAUUCCUACUGGUGAUAUUGAAUAUUUUUAUACUGCAAAUGCUAUUUAAAUAGCAAGUCAAAGUGUUCCUAUAAAAUAACAUAUUGAAAAAUUCAGAACUAAAAUUAACAUAGCUGAUUAGGUUGUCAAUCUUUUCAACAUUAUUAGGUUGUUAAUGUUUUAAUUGAUGAAACCAAUUUAGAAUCAUAUCCUAAAUCUAAACCUGUAAUAGAAGAUUGGUAUCCAAAUUAUGAUGUUUUACCAAGAACCUAAGAUCCAAUAUAUAUUCCUGCCAAAAGAAAAAAAUAAAAAAGAAUAUGGACAUAUCCAAUAUCAAUAUGGGCUCCAAAAUAUAAAUUUGAUACUGAAGAUUUAUUACGUAAAUGUUUUGAAAGAGAUUGGUUAUGUUGUAAAAUCACAAAAUUUAUUAAAAAAUAAGAAGAGUAAGAUUAAGUUAAAGAACUUUUAUGGUAAGCAUAUAAACCAAUGAGAGAAACUUAUAGAUUUUAUGCUAGUGUUAAUCCAACAGGAGAUGUAUUUUCUAUGUCUGUUAAUCCAACAUCUGAUUUUGUUAAUCAAUGUUAAUUAAUUGAUUAAAAAUAAUUAAAAUUAGCUGAUGUAGAUCUUAAAUUUAUAGCAACUUGUAGUGCAUCAUCUAUUGAUUAUAAAGGUAAUUAUAGAAAUCCAGAAAGAUCACUUGUUAGAUAUCAAAUGAUGGAAUUCUUAGUCAGAUUAUCUGAUGAUAAAUAUGUUAGAUUCAAUCCAUAAAUUAAUAUUGUUCAAGCCACUAAAAUGAUUUUAGAUUAAUGUAUGCCACAUAUGUCUUAAUUUGAUUCUCAUAAAUGGAGAGCAGAAAGAUAUUUUAUUGAAUAAUGUGAUGAUGUAUGUAAAAAAUAUAAAUGGGUUGUUGAUUAUGUUUAUAUCAGAAAUUCUUCUAAAAAAGUUAAACCUGGUUAACCACCUUUUAUGUGUUUAGAUGAACUUAAAGACAUUUGUAAUAGAGCUAAUCUCUAUGAUGAAAAUUUUGUAGAAAGAGAUGUCAAUUUAGCUUUCAAUUUAUCAACUCUUACAUAAAUUGAUGAAUUAGAAAGUGAUAGAUUAUUUUAAAUGUAAUGGAUUGAAUUUAUGGAAGCUUUAUCAAGAAUUGCUGAAAAGUAUUCUCCUAUUCCUAUUGGAAAAAAAGAAGAAGUAUAAUAUAAUAUAUCAUAUAUAUUAGAAAGAAUGGACUUAUGAAUUAAGAUAAUAAUAACCUCUAUAUUACAAACUAGAAGCCUUCAUGAUACAUAUCAUUAAUACUUUAGUUGAUGAAGAAACCAAAAAAAAUUGGAAAUAACCUACCGUCUCUAUGUUUGAUGAAGUUGAAGAAGAUGAAUAUUAUUGA